AUUUGCUAAAUCUCAGUGAGUAUGCGGCAAUGACGUUUAUAGAAGGACCAGCAGGCGGCGCUGUUGUGCCAGGUCGGGUCACCUGCGCCGAAAAUGGAGAGACUGGAGACUCGGGAACAGAAAACACUUAAAGUGAAAGCUUACCCAGUGGAUAUUCUGUCUGGCAUUGACUACGAGUCCCUGGGGAGAAGCGGGGAGCACUGCCUUGCAGCGCUGCAGAGUGGCGAUGCAUCCGAAACCCAGCGCUUUAUUCUGCCUGAUGGGGAAGGAGAGGUGAACAUCUCAGCAUCGAAUGUGUCAUUCCUGUCUCUGUUCGGAGAGGAGCACUCCAGGCACAGAGUCCUGGCUCUGAGUGAGCAGGAUCGAGUGCUGGCUCUCUACCUGUGCUCAGGCUGGUGGGGUGUGGAGGAAGCCCUGAAGACAUCCGACCCCUCCAGACACGGGCUUGUAGAGGUGCUGUCUGUGGGAGAGAGGCUCGUCCUGUUCAUCCUGAACCAGAUUGUUAACGGGACCCAGAGCCCCCCAGACCAGGACAACCCCCUCUUCACCCCCCACCCCCCAACGGAGCAGGCCACGAUUCUGUGGCAAGAAGGGGAGGCGGCCGGCUUUUACACCGUCAAGAGGAAAGGUAGCCUGUGUGGCGGCUGCACCAGCCUGUGUUACCAGCUCCCUGUCCUGGACACUGUGUUCGUCAGGAGGAGCUGGAGGAGGAGGGGGCUGUGCCUGGAGAUGCUGGAGGGUUACUGCAGCUCCUUCAGUGGGGAGGAGGUAUUGGGGAUCAGCUACCCCGUCUCCACAGCCAUGUACCAAGUCUGCAGGAAGUAUCUGCUGGCACACCCAGAGCAGCGGGAUCGCCUGUACGAGGUGGAGCCUCCGGGACACUGGAGUCAGAGGCAGAGCGUUUGGUUACAGAUUCAGUUGGGGAAGAUUCCUUUAGCUGAUGAACAACAGGCUGCAGCUGAGAGAAUCCUGUUAGAAGAGAGCAGAGCAGACACCUCUGUGCAAGAGGGUCUCAGUAAGGAGAGUCCUGAUUCCGUUCCUGCUGCAGCCGCCUGCACUUCAAAACUCAAACGGAAAGGAGGAGCUACCCUGGAAGAAGUUUCUCCCAAAGUGAAGAAAUAGUACGAGGAGGGGAGAGGGAGUGCAGCCCAGCUCCCAGCCUAACCCUGAAGACCACCACUGUGAAGAACAUGCUUACUACAGGACAGGGGGCAGGGGCACUGCAGUGCAGUGCUGUCCAGAGAUGGGUUGGUGUAGCUCAUGCUGCUGGCACGGGUUGGUGGAGCCGCGGUGCAGUGCUGUAUUGAGACGGGACGGUGGAGGCGCGGUGCAGUGCUGUAUUGAGACGGGACGGUGGAGCGCGCGGUGCAGUGCUGCUGUAUUGAGACGGGACGGUGGAGCCGCGGUGCAGUGCUGUAUUGAGACGGGGCGGUGGAGCCGCGGUGCAGUGCUGUGUUGAGACGGGGCGGUG